UUAUCUAUGGUGACAGUGGCUGUAGUUGCGAAAGGAUAUCAAAACUUAAAGUUUGUAAACAUAAUUUUGAAUUAAACAUGCUCCAUAAUAAUGAAAAUUAUGAGGGUGAAGUAUCCGAUGGGAAAAAUCGUAGGAGUGUUAAAUGUAAAUACUGUAAUUCAGUUAUUCUUUCCCCUGCUUCAGCUUCAUUUACUAGUUUGGAGUUUCAACUUCCUCUAAUAAAACAAAAGAAAGUGAACGAAUCAAAUCCGGAAACUGAGAAUGUUUCAUUGUUUUGGGUUGUUAAUGACAUAUUUACAUUCCAGAAUGUAGGAUUUUCCAAUACAGUGGGCAAUAACAAAUAUUUAACUUGUGCUGAUUGUGAAGCUGGACCUAUAGGCUAUCAUGACAUUCCUAGUAAAAUAAGUUAUGUAGCCCUUAACAGAGUUAUUCAUUGUUGAACAGUGAAAACUUAUUUAAUUACAUUAAAUUACUUAGAUAAGUAUAAAAAAAAUAGUGUUUACUGUAUUGUGAAUUACGGAGAGAAUAUAACGAAAAUAUUUGAUACGUAUUAGUAUGUUACUGCUUGUUGAUAUGAAAUUAAUUUCGAUAGUCAAUGUGGUUUCCUAAAUAGGACAUUAUACACACUAAAUGAAUGAAUACUUAUUUUUUUUAACUUGUAAAAUAUUUUUUGUUAAUAAAAUAAAAAGAUGAUUCAAUUUCU